AUGUCCCUUCGUGGCUUUGUGCGCAGCGCCAAGGAUCGCAGUACCAAAGGGUUCAGGCCCGAAGAGAUGAAGGUGUGCAACCACUGCGGUUUUGUUCAGCACAAUGCGCGCGCAGCAGGAGACCACAAGGACAGGGUGCCGAAGAGCGACAGGAUGCUGAAACAGCUGAGCGAGGAAGAGUACAUGGAGCUCUACGGGGCUGAGGCGAUCAUAAAAGGGACACCUGCAGGAGGGAAGAAGAAGAAGAAAGAUGAUGACGACGACGAUGAAGUUGAGUACGUUCCGCCAGAAGCUUGA